UAAACACACUCGAAAUUGUAAUAACGUAUAGAUGAUCCCCACUAUCAGUAUCAAGUCGAUUUCUGUUACAUAAACAUAUAUCUUUAUCACGCAUCAUUUCUCAAUAUCAUUCCAGUCAUAAACUUGUGUGAAAGUCAAAGACGAAACAGACUUUAUAGCAUCUCUUUAAUCAGGAAGUACGUAUAAGAGCAAGUGUUUACACGUUUAAUUGAACUGCUUUUGUUAGUCAAAAUGAGCACGCAGUCAAAAACAAAUGUGUUAGAAUACAUCAGUAAUUUGGAUAUUACAUCCAAGCCGAAAUUUAUGAGAUUAACAGGAAUCGUGUGUACGAUUGGAACAGCAUGCCAGAAACCAGAAAUUUUGGAAAAAAUGCUAGAAGCUGGUAUGAAUGUAGCACGUUUGAAUUUCUCCCAUGGGACUCACGAGUACCAUGGGGAACUAAUCAAAAAUAUUAGAACUGCUGUUGACAAGUACAGUAAGAAGAUUGGUCGGCAUUAUCCCCUUGCUAUUGCUAUAGACACCAAAGGAUCGGAAAUUAGGACUGGAGUCCUAGAAGGGGGUAUUUCGGCUGAAGUACUUCUCGAAAAGGGGGCAAAAGUGACAAUUACAACCGACGAAAAGUAUGCUAAAAAAUGCACCAAGAGUGUUAUCUACGUCGAUUAUAAGAAUAUCACCAAAGUUCAAAAACCCGGAAACCAGAUUUUUAUCGACGACGGUUUAAUUACUCUUAAAUGUGAGAAAAUCCAAGGCAAUGAAAUUAUUUGCACUGUUGCAAAUGGGGGAAAAUUGGGGAGUAGUAAGGGAGUGAAUCUUCCAGACGUCGAAAAAGACCUUCCUACUGUCUCUGAAAAAGACAAAAGAGACUUAAAAUUUGGAGUUGAGCAAAAUGUCGACUGCAUUUUCGCCUCCUUCACCCGAAACGCUGAAGAGGUUCGACAAAUUCGUUCCCUUCUGGGCAAUAGUAACACUCUUGUAAUUGCCAAAAUUGAGAAUAUCCAAGGUGUGAAAAACAUGGACGAGAUUAUUGAUGCUGCUGAUGGCAUUCUUAUUGAUCGUGGUGAUUUGGGGAUGGAAAUCUCUUUUCAGAAGGUAUUCCUAGCUCAAAAAGCCAUCAUUGCAAGAUGUAACAAAGCUGGGAAGCCCAUCAUCAUUGCGACUCAUUUAUUAGAAUCAAUGGUUGAUAAACCAAGACCCACACGAGCUGAGAGUUCCGAUGUGGCCAAUGCUGUGCUUGAUGGUGCUGAUUGUGUGAUGUUAGCAGGGGAGACAGCCAAGGGUUUGUAUCCUGUUGAGUGUGUCGAGACCAUGGCAUUAAUUUGUAAAGAAGCUGAAGCUGCGGUGUGGCAAAAACAACUCUUUGAUGACCUCAAGAGUCAGCCUAAACUACCUCUAGAUAUCGUCCAAACUACCGCAAUAUCCACAGUUGAAGCUUCAAUGAACUCGUUAGCCACUGCUAUUAUCGUGGUUACAAAAACCGGAAAGUCGGCACAGUUAUUAUCAAAAUACAAGCCAAAAUGUCCCAUUAUUGCCGUUACCAGGAAUGCGCAGGUUGCUCGCCAGUUACACUUAUUUAGGGCUAUUAUGCCCUUGUAUUUUGAUGAACAAACUCCAACCGAAUGGUUGAAAAAUGUAGAAGUGAGGGUUAAAGCUGGUGUUAGUUAUGGAAAGUCAUUAGGUUUUAUUAAAUCAGGAGAUACUGUCGUUAUCGUCACUGGUUUGCAUCAGGGGCCUGGUUCUACGAAUACGCUUACGUUAUUGACUGUCGAAUGACGUUUGAGUGUUUUGGGUUUAGUGUUCUGUUGCUAAUUGCAAACCAUAAUAUUGUUGUUAUAUACAUGUAAUACGAUUAAUUGUAAUCUUUUUUAAGAACUUAUUGAACGGCUAUGGUGUCUACAAUGCGCAUAUUGUGAAUAAAAUUUAUUUGAAUUUGUU